AGAUGGCGCUCCUUCCUCUGUCUCGUAUUGUACAACUAUUUAUUCGCGGGCGAAGAAGAUGAUGCAGCUGACAACGAGGAAGUACCGAUGGAUGAAUGUGUCAGGGAACUGCGCCGGCCGGUUAUGUAGCAACUUUUAGUUGACGUAUUUUCAAAGCGAGAACCAGUCGUCCCUUCUGUCACCCUCAUGGCGGAAUUCGGUGAGAACUUAGGCCACCAAGUUGAAAAACAAGACGGGACAAAUAGCAGAAACAUCCCUGAGCCUGUCGGUGGGACAUGUGACCCAGCGGUGACCGUCCCUCGGGGGCUGUGGUCCUCAAAUCAUGACCGGAGGAAAAAGUUAAUCCUGCACAUCGACCUCAACAACACCAUACUGGUGUCGGACGCCGUGACGAGUCAGGGAACUGUGGCGGCUCUGGACUAUUUUCUCACAACUGUCACCUGGGGGAGGAUGAGUAAACACGGGAAAUGGGAGUGGCUGAGUGACUCACCAUCCUUGCUGCCACCUUGUGAUGAUGCUGUCAGUUACUACUCUCAGUUUGGACGGGUGCCAGGUUUCACUUCGGCUGCGGGUCGACGUUUCCGUGGGGUUCUGGACGAGCAUCUGGAGCUGCUUCGCUGGCCCGAGGGCACCAAGGGAGACAGAGAGCUGGCCAUUAAAGGAGAGGAUGGACGACUGUACCACUGGAUCCUGCCCUCCUUCUUCCAGCUGCUCAGAGAUCUGGCGCAGGAAGGGAGAGAGUUCGCCGUCCUUUUCCGUACUUUCGGAACCGACCUGCCUCGUGUGCUGAAGGCUGUGUUCAAAGUACUGAAUGAAAGGACUCAUCCGCUGUUUCCUGAUCUGCCUGAUCUCAAGUUAAGUGUGAACAUGACUGCGGGUAAGAUCCGCUGCAGCAAGAGUGGAGUCGUCCUGAGCCGAGCCGAAGACAGAGUAUCGAGUCGUGAUGGAGAAAGGGGCCUGUACCAGUACUUCAGCUCGGUCCAGGGCCUGGGGGGCUUUCAGGACCACUUUGACUGGUGGGCGAGUAAUACCUUCUCCAUUCGAGGGGGGAAGCCGUUAUGGGUCGACCCCUUUGACCAAAAUGUUCAGCACAUCUUCAUCGACGACAACAUACGCCAGAAUGACAAGGAUACCAUAGUUCAUCCCAAGGUGUUCUUGGAUCCGGAUAGUGCUGAGACUCGUACAGCCUGCACCUCUGAGCUCUAUGACAUCACUCUGGUCCAGACCGACCUCCUCCGAGCCAUUUCGGACCCAAGCUACUUCACUCAGCGUGUCCACAUCUGUCUGGAAAACUAUGACAGGAAUCUCCAGCAGGGGGCAGACUAGAACACAGCUCGGCCUCCCCUGUCCUGUGUGUCUGUGCUUUAACACGAUGACCUCCAGCUUAGGGUUCCCAGGCGCUACCCCCUGUCUGUCCCAGCACAGACAGUGGGCUGAAGUUUGAUGACUUAUUGAAGGACUGGAGGUCCAAAAUGAAAGUUGUAGAUAUGGAGGAGAGUCACAUGAAUACACAGCAGGGGAAGGACCACAGCUUUCUGAUGAGCAAAUAUUCUUAGACCUUUGGGACAAACUAAAUGAGUGAGAUUUCGAAGUUAAGCAGCUAGACAACAGGUCUUAUGUUACACAUGCUUUACCUGUAGCAGGAUGGCAGUGAAAGGACACCAGCUUCUACAAGGAGCACUUCUCAGAUAGAUUUUGUUGUCCUAUGAUGAACUGCCACACAAAAAAAGUGUUUUUGACCUAAUUUAAGCAGUAAAGUGGCCAGGCCAAACUCUUUUAUUACAGCAAAGGCUCUGUGACUAAUGAUGCCACGGGAUAAUUAGCCUAACUCUCUGAAAUUUGUGCCAAACAGGAGUAAUUGGGGUCAGAAAGGCUGAGAAACCCAUCAAGCGCUGCAUUAGUUGUCUGGUGAGUGGAAUCCACAGGGGUUUUCGCUCGGCUAUUCAUUCGUCAUCCUCAGGGUGUGACACUUUCAUGUAGCUUGUCCGUUGGCUUAUUGGCCCGCACUGUUUACAGCCACCAGGAACUGGAAGAUAAUACUUGAGUAUUUUCAGCUGGCUGAAAAAGGAAUCUGAUACAUUAUGACGGCGGUGCAGUCAGGAAAUGAAUUACAUCUCAUGUGUCGCAUCUCAUCUCAUGUGGCUGUCGCUAGUAGGAGUCACAAAGACACCAAGAUGUCUUAGUCUCAUGAAACACCAUAUUAUAUUCACUGUUAUUUUCCUAAUAAGAUCAGAAAUGAGCUUGUCAGAGCAGUUUGAUCAUGCCGAGUAAUAUCUUCUCGACACAUAUCACUGGGUUGUGUUUGCACUGAGUUAUUUACUGUUGCUGAAUUUGUGUGGAGGUUGUGGUAAUUUUUGCUUUGAGGAUUUUUGUUUGGUGGCCGAGAGAGAGAGCUCAGUGCACUGUAACUUCGUGAAACACAUGCAAAUUGACAAAACACAACAUGUUAAGCAAACAUCUCCAUCAGUUUGACAGCACAUGCACUGCGAACACACACAGCACAGACAUGUACAGAAACAACAAUGGAUAUGGAUUUGUUUGUAGGCAAAUCAAAGUUUAGUCAGAAGGAAAUUGGUUGCCAGCUAUUCUGAUAAUUUACUUAUCGUUUCAGGCAUUUUUCAAGCCGAAAUGUCAACCAUUUGCUGGUUCCAGCUCCUUAAAUGUAAGGAUUUGCUUUCUUUGUCAUUUAUGAUAGUAAAUGAAAAGUGUUGAGCUGCUGGUUGGAUAAAACAAGCAACUUAAAGACAUCAUGUUGGGCUCUGGGUGGUGAGCAUUCUCACAUUUAUUUAUUUUCGUACAUUUUAUGGACUAAAGGAAUAAUUGAUUACUUGUGGAAAAUAAGCAGCAGAUUAAUUGAAAUUGACAGUUCGUUGCAGCCCUGUAACCCGGCUGGAACACAGCAGUGAUCUGCAUCCGCUUCUGAUUCAUUAAGUGAGCGAAGUCAGCUACUCGUCAGCAGCGUUGGAACAUGAGAUAAAAUGCAACGUUGUGCCAUUUAUCUGAACAUGGAGUGAUGAGAUAUUACUGCAGAUCUGCCGUGAAGCCAUCCUUAACAUGUUCGCUUUUUAUUAGCCCGUCAGUUCAAAUUAUUUGGAAAAAAUACAAUAACGGUUGUGCUGUAUGUGUCUGCAGUGCAUCUGUAGUGACAUUGACAAAGAUGGUCUCUUAAUUUGCUUGUGUUUUGUCUGUUCGCGUGGUUUCACUUAAGCUGCGGUGUGCUGAGCUCUCAGUCACUGUAGUUUUAGGAUCUAUUUAUUGUUAAGCUUUCAGGGAGAGUUCUUUUUAGUGGCUAUACUGAAUGCAAAUAUUAUCAAUAAUCUGAAGAAAGAUACUGUCACUUAGAAGAGUGGAGUGAUAAUAUGAUGUUACAUUGUGUUCCCAGUAUGCAUUGAGCAGGGGAUAACAAAGAGUAUGUAAGUGAGUACAUUGAAAAGUGCAAGGACAACGUGGGAGAGAAACAAAACGCUGUGCUCCAUACACACACGUGGGUCAGUGAGAGCAUCGCAGCGUUGUGUAUGUUUAUUACUGAAUUUUAAUCAGUGUUGCAUUUUAAAGUUUAAUUCAUUAAUUAUGAUGUACUGCUGUCAAACGGUCACUGAUUCUCAUAAGAACUGCCCUGGUCAUUCCCUUAUGGUUAGGCUGGGACAAAAAAUAUGUUUAUGAAAGUUUAUGAAAUGAUGUAGCACAAACAUCACUUGAUUACUGCACUGGAUCAAUUCACCGUUUCUGUUCUGUGAGCACAGGCUUUGCUACAUGUUAUUCAAGACUCCAAACCUCCUGUAAGUUGACGAGGUGGCUUUAUUCAGAGGACGCAGCGUUUUUGUGGUAAGGAAAACUUUGGCACUUUGAAGUAAGGGUUUUGCACACUGAAUCUCUCAAGUUCUUGGAAAAUACUGCAUCAGUGUGCACUGAAGUCAUAUCUACAUCUCACACAAAACAUCAAAACUUGAAUGUGUUCAUUUAUUCAUUUGUUUUCCUGAUGUUAAAUAUUGCAAUUUGGUUUUAAAUAAACACACAAGUUCUUUUUUUGUUAAA